GGCCUUUCACCAAGAUGGCAGAAAAUGUACUAUUCAGUUACAGAGAACAAUAUUCGCCCAGUAUAUUAUGAUGAAGAGGAAAGGGAAGCUUCAGCAACCGCUGCAAGUGCCGCGAUGUCAAUGAUUCUGAAGCUUCAGAAAGAGAAGGAUGUAGAGAGGAUGGAAGCUUGGCAGUACAAGAGAAUAGCUGAAGAAAAGAUGAACCACACUGACAGAGCUCUGGAGAUUCUAAAGGAGGUGAUGGAGCUGAAGGAGUUGGAGAUAUCCUAUCUGAGGAACCAGAUGCAGGUGUAUAAACACAAGCUAUUGGAUGUUGGUAUUAAUGAUUGUGAUAUUGCAGACGAGACCAUAGCUAGCAAUACACCUUUGUUUGAAAGCAAGACCGUGGAGAAUCUUUGUCAUAACAUCAAAAGGAAUAUCUCUCUGCCUACUUCGCAGUUGAAUAAACUAUUUGCUGACAUGGACAUCAACAGAAGUGAUGGAGCGAUACAAUCAGCAAGGAGCAGGCUAGAUGGUGACAUGUAUAAUCUGAGUGACAAUGAGUGGGAGCAAGUUUCAAGAGAUGGUAAGGCUUUAGAGCCCAAGAAAAGCUUGUCAACAGAUAUGAAUAGUACAGAAAAGCAUGGAGAAGAACUGAAUUCUCCAAGCAUUGGUACUUUGCAAGACUCUCACCCAUUGGAUGAGUCAUCGUUCUUUGUGGCUAGUCAUCAGACAGAUACAUGCAGUGAUAGAGUAGCACAGAUUGGGGAAGAUGUGGAAUAUACACUACAGAGUGAUCAACUAAAGGAUUCUUGUUUGGGUACUGAAAUGGAUGAAAUAGCGGUUCAUCCUACAAGUGAAGUUGACACACUCCAAAUUCCAGAAAGAAGCAAGACAGCAACAAAUUCCUCAUGUAUUGAAAGUGAAAUAAUGACAGAGGAAUCAGAACUGUCCCGCAGGGUCGUUACCAUAGAGCGAGGGACCUGUACUCUAUCCAAGUUUUCUGCAUCAAGAAAAGUUGGAUCCAUGAAUAAUGUCGAUAGACAUGUUCGUCUAAGCACUGGGAAUUACACACCGCGAGCUGGUGUUGAGAGGACCAGAUCAAGGCUGAAGCGGGUGCAAAGCAAAAAGAUGAUUGAGCUAAAAGACCCCAGAACAAGCAAGGAACAAAUCAUAAUGCUGAAGGAGGUGUACGAGCAGCUUGGCAUGAUAGAAUCACACGAGACCUUCUGGUUCUCAGGAGAGCCCACGAAAUGA